AUGAUAUCUUUAAAACGUCGUCAGAAAUAUAUUAACGCUCAUUUACCGGUGAUUCUACGCGAAUUGAAGAGCGAAACCGAAAAAUACAACGCGAAACAUGGACCAACUGAUGCAAUUCUGAUAGAUGGACAAACGCCGUGUGAGCAUGUCGAGUGGAUUAUGGACGAGUAUAAAGCACAACGGGAGUUGGAGCGUUUGCGUAAAGUCAGUUUCUUUUGA